ACCUUGCCCGUGAAGGAGGUACUAGCCGUUGGCUAAUCGGUGCGGUGGAACAGGACUGCGGCAUUCUAGCGAAAAAUGGCAGCCGAACCGGUGAAGCCGAAAACAUCUCCUAAAUCCAUAAAGUUCCUUUUCGGCGGUCUUGCCGGCAUGGGGGCAACGGUGUUCGUGCAGCCACUGGACCUGGUGAAGAACCGCAUGCAGCUGAGUGGUCAGGGCUCCAAGGCGCGGGAGUACAAGACCAGCCUGCACGCCGUGGCCAGCAUCCUGCGUAACGAGGGCUUCCGGGGCAUCUACACCGGUCUCUCUGCAGGGCUGCUCAGACAGGCCACCUACACCACCACCAGGCUGGGCAUCUACACGGUGCUGUUCGAGCGCCUGUCCAAGGCUGAUGGCACACCACCCAACUUCUUCAUUAAGGCACUGAUUGGCAUGACGGCAGGCGCCAUUGGGGCUUUCGUGGGGACGCCCGCCGAGGUGGCUCUCAUUCGCAUGACUGCCGACGGCCGGUUGCCCUCGGAUCAGCGCAGGGGGUACACCAAUGUCUUCAAUGCUCUGAUCAGGAUCACCCGCGAGGAAGGGGUCACCACGCUAUGGAGGGGUUGUAUACCUACCAUGGCCAGAGCUGUCGUCGUGAACGCUGCUCAGCUUGCCUCUUACUCCCAGUCUAAACAGGCGCUGCUGGACACUGGGUACUUCAGAGACGACAUCCUAUGCCACUUCUGUGCCAGUAUGAUCAGCGGUCUGGUCACCACUGCCGCCUCCAUGCCCGUGGACAUUGUCAAAACCAGGAUCCAGAACAUGAAAAUGAUUGAUGGCAAGCCGGAGUACAAGAACGGGCUGGAUGUCCUGGUGAAGGUGGUGGGCAGAGAGGGUUUCUUCAGCUUAUGGAAGGGCUUCACGCCGUACUAUGCUCGCCUGGGGCCCCACACUGUCCUCACCUUCAUCUUCCUGGAGCAAAUGAACAAGUUCUACAAAAUCUACUUUCUUGACUCAUAAGGUGCUUGGGCAGUGCACUAUACAGACAUUAUGACUGAUGACCUUUCUCCCACGUUGACCCCUGACACCUAUAUAGUGACUGACCCGGCACACGAAUACACCCAUUCGCUCAUUCGCCGCCACCUAACUGAACCCACCAAAAGCCGGACCCCAGGGAACAUUUGACUGUCGCGUGCUGACAGAGACACGGCAAGGCCUCCCUGCUUCGUAAAGACUCCUCCUCGAGCUCCUUGACUCCACCUAACAGGGUGGAAUGGCAAGACCUCAACAACUGUAUCUUUACAUUGCAGACACUUGUUUGGAGGCCGGACGGCGCCACAUGUAGCUCAGACCUCACACACACAGACACGCGUACAGACACAGUAUCACUCAUUAAUGUAAAGAUAAUGAUUUAAGUGGUGCAGUUUCAUGUUGAGGUAUUUUGGGCCUUUUGUGGCUCAUCUGUUAAAAUUAGGAAUUUCAAGUUUAUAGGCAUUAACCAAGGGGGCAAAUUACAACUUAAAUGUCUUACAGCACAGUUGAUCAGAAAUCUGGGGUAUUGCAAAAAACAGCAAUGGCACCAAAUGCAUCUUGACACUUUCUGCAGUUUACAUUAACUUUAAAAAGCGGUGUGUCGGGGUUAAGAUCAUCAGUUUGGAUUCAGACAGGCAUGUUCUGCAUUUUGUCCUUCAAACCUAAACUCAUCUUGGACUGUGGGGCCCUUCACAAGCUGACUGCUUCAUCUUAAAAAUGUAGUUCAUGCCUCCUUGAAUGUGCGUUUACACCAAGGUCUCCUGAGGUGAGCAGUAAUCUGCCACGCUGACGGGUGACUCAUGACGGUCUGUUUAAAUUCAAUCUUGUUUGACGUCCAGCCUGUUUUCUGGCAGAGAUGCUGCAUCUUUAGCUUUCCGUUCUGAAGUUUUGCAGGACAGAGGGUUGUAAAGGACGCUACUGCCAAACUCAAACCUGUCACGACAGCACAUUUUGUUGCCUGACUCAGUUUGAAGGAGUCCAGCUUAACCUUACUAGUCAGAGUCUUCUAAAUUUUUCUUGAAGAAAAAUUGAAAUUAAAAAAAAAAAAAAAACAUCUUAGCAGUAUUGUGAUGGCCUGUUCUUUAGUUGUUUGUGUUUUGUUCCUUUUUGUCUGAACAGGAAUAGUUCAAUUUUAUUAAAUUAUAAAAUGUAAGUGAAAAAGAAAAUGUAUGAGCUGCUUUGAAAGAAGUGAUGUAAAACAGGUUUGUGAUUAUAUAGUAAUAAAAGGGGAAAACUUU